AUGUCUGGAACCCACUGUAACAACUAUACACACAUACAUGUCACUAACGAUGAUUUCGCAAAAGCAGGAAAUGUCUUCAAUGAAACUCGCUGUGCUUUGCCCUCACCGAAUGUCUACUGGCGCGGCCGCUUCUCCAACGGACCAAACUGGGUGGAUCAUCUGGCUCGCAUGGCGGCUGCCCGGAAUAGAUCCUCCCCAGUUACCGUUGUCAAUUACGCGUACGGCGGUUCUACAGCCUGUCGACUAGGCGGUAUCGCGCGCGCUGUUCCCAAUCUUGCUGAGCAGAUUUCGUCGUAUCUUGACGGACAACCCAGCGCAAGCGCAGAUAACGGUACGGCAACAGUCGCGCCGGCUGCCGCCGCUACCACCACCGCCAACACCACCACUGACGACGGCAGUAGUAGUUGCAUGCCGUUACAGCCGAUGCCGGCGGCAGCGGCAUUCAACGACAGCUUCCAGAGCUGCCGACCCGCGGGUCGGUUGUACUUUGUGUUUAUUGGCCAUAACGACCUGAUCCUCCUAAAUUCGAAAGAUAUCGCCGACCCACGGGUCACGGAGAGGACCGCAGCCAAUAUUACCGCUUGUACAGCAGCUGCGCUCGAGCAGCUCAUGGCGGCGCUCUCACCGAAGCAGCAGCCGUCUCCCCAGCCACCAACCACCAAUGCAAGCGCCGGUGCCGGUGCUUAUGCUGCUGGAGCGGCGGCCUCACCGCUAGCACGAGGCAGUGCUGGUGGUGGCGGCGAUGAUGGCGCCGCCAUUGCUACUUCCGGUAACGCCGCCAUGUACGACAACGGCAAGGGUGGAGACGAAAGACAUGUCGGCGAGGUCGAUGUUAAGGGAGCUACCAAUGCCCGGGUAACUGCGGCAUCCAAUCUUCACCGCAGCCCGCGGAAACGUGCCCUGCUGGCAGCGCCGGCAGUUGGGGGAGCUGGCGGUGGCGGCUGCCAUGUCCGUGACCGGGUUAUGGUGUGGGGCUUAGCGCCUGUGAACCUGGCGCCGUUGGUGCCAGACGCCGCACGACCCGCGGUAGCGGCAGCGGUGGCUGCGCACAAAUCGGCCCUUGAAACAAGCCUGGAGACGCUGCGGCGCCGCUACCCGAGCGGUCCCAGCUUGGAGCUGUACGACGUGAAUGCGUCGAUCGCCGCCGGGCUGGCGGCGGCGAAGGACGGGUUCAACACCACGGGUCGGUGCGUGCUCAGGCCCACGGCGGCUCAGGUCGCUACCUCCGCUGAGCGUGCUGACGUGUGCAGCCACCCAGAGCACCUGUUGUCCUUCGACGGCUUGCACCCUACGACUGCGGCGCACCUCCAGCUGGUCGCUCAGCCACUCGCAAAGCAUCUGGGUUGGCUGUAG